GAGUGCGUUGUGAACGACACCGCAACCGCACCGCAAUCAGUUCUAGAUUUGAUGUCUAGACACGUCUUGAUGGAUCGGGAGAUAUUCUCUUGAUGGCAUGCCAUAGAAAUCUGGCGUCGUUUAUCACAGAUGUAAUUACGUUCGCCAGUAAACUGACAUACUGGAUACCAGACAACAACAGCGUUUGGAGUGUACGUACUCACCACUUGCUUUGGUAUUGAGGCGGUGAUUAUUCAGAGACAAAGUCGAGAUAAUAAAAUGUCUCAUUCUCCUCUAUCCACGGCACACAAAGAUGCGCUCAGAUCAUGUCGUGUUCUCUUUGAGGACAAUCUUAAUGUUGAUGAUAUAUUAGGACAAUGUCUCCAAGAUGAAGUCAUAUCUAUCAGAAUGAAGGCCAGGAUUGAGGCUAAACCAACUCCACAUGAAAAAUGCAGUGAAUUUCUUGAUAUUCUACAGAAACGCGGAAAACAAGCAUUCGAUGACUUUAUUGCUGCACUUAAAGUGGACUAUGCGUUUCUUGCGCGUUCCCUUGAAAAAGAACUGCGCGUUCAAGCUCUAGCAUGUGCAAAAUCUGGUUUAGUCGAUGCAAACGUUAUUAUUCAGGAAGGCAGAGACAACCUAAAGGAGAAUGAAACAUGUCGAGGAGCCGUAGAAAACAUUGAUGACCUCCUCACAAAACUGUCAAAAACUAUUUGUUUUACAAGGCCAGUUUCGUUAGGAAUUCAAAAUAAAGUUACACCAUUUUCUGCAACAUUGUCUGAUGCUCACAAGUUUACUUUAAGAUCCCAUCGUGAUCGCCUUGAGGAAAAUCUGAACAUUGAAGAUAUUUUGCCAAAAUGCAUCCGCGAUGGGGUUAUAACCCAGCGGCUGAAAGCAAUCAUUUUAUCACACGCAACACCCCAUGAGAAAUGCAGUGCGUUUUUGGAUAUUUUAGAAACACGUGGAAAACAGGACUUUGACAGUUUCGUAUCUUCCCUUCAUGACGACUACCCAUUUUUGGAGCUUCCUAUAAAGAAAGAGCUCCGUGCAAAGGCACUUGAUAUUGCUACUGAUGCUAUCGCAAACGCCAAUGACAUUUUCGAUCGUGAAGUCCCAUCUGAUGAGAAACAAUCAACCAAAGAGGCUUUAGAGAGCUUAGAAACUCUUAUAUCCCAACUAAAAGAAACCAUUGGCAUUCAAGAGGAGUUUGUUGAUUCUACACCAUCUGUUUCAUCAGAACCAUCCCCCAUGAUGGUCACUUCAUCGGUAUCUGUCAAAUCCAUUGUGUCCAAGAUGUCCGCUUUGGAAAGUCCAUCAAUGAGUCUGACGCCGUCUCCAGUACCACACGCAGCGAGAUCCAUGAUCAGUGUUACAAAGCCGGAAUCUUCUAUUGUCAAACAAACGCCUCUUAAGCCUACGCUCGAUGUUCCUCUUACCCUCAAUCAAACCCCCUUGUUCAGAGAUCCCCAAACAGAACCGUGUAGGACAGAAUCUCCUUAUAAUGUUAGAGCACAAUUGCCACCUAAUAGUGAUUCUCCCUCAGCCUCACAGAACCCUCCUACAGCAGGACCGUCGUUAGACGUUAAAUCUCAACGCACACUGCAACAACCCUCUACUAGUCAUCAAUCAGCUACUUCAACCAGUCUGGUAAAACAACUUAAAACACUGAAACUGUCGUCUGGUCAUCUUAGUCUUACAUUAGCUCGUAAGAUCGAACUAUCCUAUUCCUGUUUCGGUCUUUGUAGUAGUCCUAUGGGAGACAUCAUUACAUCAAUAGAUGAGCAUGGUAUAUUUGUGUACAACAAGGAUUAUACGUUCAAGUUAAAGUUUGCAUUAGAACGUCAAAAUGAUGUAGUCUGUCUCCCCACUGACGAGAUAGUGAUCAGUUCAUGGAGGAAUAACUAUGUGAAGGUGUUUGACAUGGAGG